AGAAAAUAAAACAACAACUGAUCACAAAAUGUAUGAAUAAAGCAAUACAAUAAGUCUUCUGUUUCAAUUAAAACCUGUUCAGUUGAACACAACACUGAUAUAUACACAAAGAGCUUCUUCAACCUUUUUGGUUUGGGGAUAUCUGCUGUCACCUCAUGGAAAAUGCUACUGAAACAAGCUGAUCGGCUGUUAAUGUGAAGAAUUGUGAUUGGCUGCCAAUAAGCAAACCAUAUACAUAUAUAUACAUAUAUAAAUAUAUACAUAUAUAUAUAAAGUAGAGUAAAUAUAUGUAGUUUAAAAUCACUGCAUCAGGAGAACCCCGUUUCACACAAUGUUUUAGUGUGUAAGUGUUUCCAAGUACUCGGUUUGUUUCCCCUUAUUUACCUGUUGUGUAUAAUUAACAAUCAGAUGGUGACAGUUUUAAGUCUUUAACGAGGGAAAGUCUUUCACCAAGGUCCCAAGAUCCCCAAUGACAGGUAGACACACAAACAGAACACACACACACACACAGGGACAACAUCCGCAGUGAUGUGAAUGAAUAUAAAUAAAUAAGUGAUCCAUUGAGGUAAGAACAGCGCAGUUCUCAGAGGCCCUUAGGAAACUGACAGAAUUCCCUCUUGUUCGUCAUCUAUGCCGCCUGUUGCUUAGCAUCCUCACACACCACCCACCUGCUUAACGCCUGAAAAAAAGCUCAAAGGUUUUUCAUUUGAGAUUUUGACACAUUACGUACAUUACACUUCAGAUACGGUGGCCAGUUAAAAAAAUGUGGGUUACAUUAAAACACAAUUACCGAAAAGGCACAGAGACGAUGAUAAUGUGGAGUUUUGUUUUAAUUAAGUUUGGUACUAAAACGUCACAGUGCAGGUUUGAAAAGAGUGACACACAUUGAUCUCAUCUACAAACACACGCCCCUCUCCACUGAUGACAUAUCAAUCAAUGUGUCCUAACCUAAUGCCCUGAGGGCAGUGAGAGCAACAGGGAGGGAGGAGGGGUGGUAAGAAGGUGCAGGGAAAAAGAGAGAGCAACAGUGAGGGAGAGAGACAGAAAGAGCAAAAGAGAGGGAAACUCUUGCAGAGCUUCAUCUAUAAGAGCAUCAGUACAGACAGGACGGUCCUCCACUCAUUCAGGACUUGAUUGACAUAUUCGGACAUGGACAAGGCCAAGGCCAAGGGUUCCUACAACUCCAUCGUACUGGCAUUCAAGGAAGACACUGCACUGACCGAGAUGAUGCGUCUACGCGUUGCUUCCUUACAGCGGUCAGGGCAGAAACGCCAGGAUGGUGAGCGUCUGCUUCUGCCCCAUGAGGCCGUUUAUCGACUCGACUUCCGAAACCAGGAAUUGAGCUUCUCUCGUUGGAACCUGUUUCUCUCUGGCCACGGACGUGUCACAAUCACAGGCAUUUGCCAGCUCUGGACCCCUGACCUCACCAACCUAAUGACACGUCAGUUAUUAGAACCCAUCGGAACAUUUUGGCGCAACGCCACUGACCCUAGAGAUUCUCAGCUAAAAUGUCUGGAGGCAGACAUGCAGGAGUUUGGUGAAAGGAUCGCUGAGCUAGCCAAGGUCAGGAAGGUCAUGUAUUUCCUGUUUGCUUUCAAAGAUGGAGCAGAGGCAGCAAAUCUCCGCUGCUCACUGGAGUUCAAACCAGUUAAACAACAGUGAACGUCUGUGAUAUUGGGUACAUCAAAAUGUUUACCUUAUAUAGCAAACUAGAGCAAAAAGAAAUAUUUCAGCCAAUAGAAACAGAAUACAGAGCACAAAGCCUCCCUCUCCUGCUGAGCCUCCACUAAUGUAUCCUUCAAUCUUUACUGCCACCAAUCAGGUUUAUUAACCACUGAAGCCUAAUUUGACCCAUAAACUUCUCUGGGCCUAGACUGAGCCCCCAUAGAUAAAAACACAUAAUACACUACUCGUCAUCUGGUAUAAAUAGUUGAAUGUUUAUGUGAUCAACCUUUUUUUAAAUAAAUAACUAAAAAGAAAAACAAAAAGUUGAAACAGAAAAACAAAAAAGGUUCAGAAUUGACAUCUAAAUAUUUAACUUAUAAAAAAAGGCAAAUGUAAAUAAGUCACAAAAACUGUUUACCUAUGAAUAGAAUUAUUAAAAAAAGAUUUUUAGAUGUAAAACGUGGCUUUUUGUGAUCAUCUCUUUUAUAUUGUGCAAUAACUGUCUUUGUUUUUUUUCUAUCUUUCAGUGCU